UUCGAAUCCACGCAACGGACCGAAUCAAUCUCCAACUCCAACUCAAUCUGUUCUUUUUCUGUGUGAUUCUAAACCGUUGCUUGGGUUUUGGAUUUCCUUUCUCACUUUUUUUUUUUCCUUCAGAAAUUCUAGGGUUUUUUUUUAUUGAUUUCCUCUGUUUAUCUUGAAUCUCCGAGUUCUUGUUUAUGUUCCUGAUAUAAUGCCAGAUUGAGGAAAAUCGAAAUCGACCCACUUCGGCGUUUCGUAAAAGUUUGGUGUUUUCGAGAAGCUCGUCAAAAAAGAUCGAGACUUGUGUCUUUUUGAUUGCAUUUUCGAGAUGUGCAUUUCGAGUAGAGAAGAUGGCGGCGACGAAGAUCCCGAUGGUCCAUCAAGAAAUCGAAGGAACCAAUCACCAUUAUCGCUUCCACAGACUCUGAAACAUUUCCACAGAGAUUUGCUCGCCGGUGCAGUAAUGGGAGGCGUCGUCCACACGAUCGUGGCUCCAAUCGAGAGAGCGAAGCUUCUAUUGCAAACCCAAGAGAGCAACAUCGCGAUCGUCGGAGACAAAGGCCACGCAGGGAAGAGAAGGUUUAAAGGAAUGCUCGAUUUCAUCUUCCGUACGGUCAGAGAAGAAGGUGUUUUGUCCUUAUGGAGAGGCAAUGGAAGCAGCGUCCUUCGUUAUUACCCUUCCGUUGCUCUUAAUUUCUCUCUCAAGGAUCUAUACAGAAGCAUUCUUCGAAACAGCAGCUCGCAAGAGAAUCACAUCUUCUCUGGUGCGUUAGCUAAUUUCAUUGCUGGUUCUGCAGCUGGAUGUUCGGCUUUGAUUGUAGUUUACCCUCUUGAUAUCGCUCACACGCGUCUAGCUGCUGACAUUGGGAAACCUGAAGCUCGUCAGUUCAGAGGAAUCCAUCAUUUCUUGUCGACGAUUCACAAGAAAGAUGGUCUUAGAGGAAUCUACAGAGGCCUGCCUGCGUCUCUACAUGGUGUGAUCAUCCACCGUGGGUUAUACUUUGGAGGUUUCGAUACGGUUAAGGAGAUUUUCUCGGAGGAUACUAAACCGGAACUGGCGUUGUGGAAGAGAUGGGUUUUGGCUCAGGCUGUGACUACAUCUGCUGGAUUGGCUUCUUACCCGUUGGAUACAGUUCGUAGGCGGAUAAUGAUGCAAUCUGGGAUUGAGCAUCCGAUGUACCGUAGCACACUGGAUUGUUGGAAGAAGAUAUAUAGAAGUGAAGGGUUGACUUCUUUUUACCGUGGAGCACUCUCGAACAUGUUUAGGAGCACGGGUUCGGCUGCAAUCUUGGUUUUUUAUGACGAAGUGAAGAAGUUUUUGAACUGGGGAGGGAUCUAAGGUCGACAAGGUGAGAGGAUAUAUACGUCAAUGAUGUAUCGGGUACCAUUCUCAAGUACUUCGCCAAUCACUAAGGUGAAUAUGCUACAGAGGUUAGCCGUUCUUCUUAUUCUUUUGAUUUCUUAUGAUUAGUUUAAAAAGUCUGUAAAAUUUAAAGAGUCAAAGAAUCUGAAGUUAAAGAUUUGAUAAUUUUACAAAAUAAUAAAGGGGAAACCAAGCAAUAAAUUGUUAGUUGAUUUUGGAUCUAGAUAUAGAGAGUGUUAUUCAAUCAUGGUUUUUAAUAGAAUUUAAAUCCAACCACAAUCCACUAUUAUUCAACUAAUGAUUCUAAAUAAUGUUUUAAAAUCAAGUGUUAUUGGUUCUUUUCAUUGUAAAUCAUAUUUAAGAGGUUUUAAAGUUUGGUGUUAUUCAAUAAAGAUUUCAAAUCUUUCACUAAAAUCCAGUGUUAUUCAAAACUAAAUAAUUUUUAAAAUCUUUGUACAUUAAGUCAUUUCAAAUCAAUUCUAAUAGAGUUUUAUGAGUAAAUUAUUAGAAUCAAAAUCUAAACAAAUGAAUCCAUCAAACUGAUAUCAAUUUUUAAAUCUAGAAGAUUAUAAAACAUAAAAAAUUCAUUUUAAAUUCAUGAUUGAAUAACACCCAUAGUCU